AUAUGACGUGGCGAUACAUGAUUGGGUAGUCCUCGUCACUAGCUUCACACGUAUGCAACAAAAUGGAAGGCCGAAUCGAUGAAUGAUCUCACAAGCUCGCAGAAAAUGGCGAAUUUGAGUCUGAGCUGUGCAAUGAAGGGAGGCUUUGUAUUGAUUCUGCUAGUUGCUGCCACAUUUGUUUCCGCGAAGAAGUCCGGUGAUGUAACGGAGUUGCAGAUCGGCGUUAAGCACAAGCCAGCAUCUUGUCCAAUUCAAGCACACAGAGGUGAUAGGAUUAAAGUUCAUUACCGGGGAAAACUUAUUGAUGGAACUGUUUUCGAUUCCAGCUUUGAGAGGGGUGACCCAAUUGAAUUCGAGCUUGGUACUGGUCAGGUGAUAAAAGGAUGGGAUCAAGGACUACUGGGAAUGUGCGUUGGGGAGAAGCGCAAGUUGAAGAUACCUGCAAAGAUGGGUUAUGGAGAGCAGGGUUCACCGCCUACCAUACCAGGUGGGGCGACACUUAUAUUUGAUACAGAGCUUGUAGCAGUCAAUGGUAACGGGUCAGGUGCAGAAGAAGAAGACAUUGAGAAGAAUGAGUUAUGAUCUUCUUUAAACGGCUAUUAGGAGAGAAUUUUAGAUUUGGUACUUGUAUUUUUGCACCUUCAAGAAUCAUAUGUCAUCUGGAGAGCACCCCAAUGAUCUUUCUAAAAGCUUUUUAGUUUUGACAAGUAA